AUGGUGUCGCCAUCGGGUGCGUCGUCCACCAGCGACGCAAUCGCUAAUCACGAAGGCAGUGUUAAAGCUGUCCUGGCUGCUCUAAAGAGAGCCAGAGACGAUCAGGUCAAGGAGCUGAACACCACCAUCUCGAUCAUCGAAAAGCUCGUCGGCGCUAUCGCUAUGGUGGAAAACCAGCUCAAAAGCUCGCUGGAGAAGCAAGUCGGCAAACCGAUCAUCGACAAACUUCUUUCUUUUCUGAUGGUUGGGACGGGAGCUCGAACGGCCGGUGUUGAGAAAGCGACUGCUCAGGAUAACCAAUCCUGA